AAAAAUAUCUCGGAGAAAUAUUUGGGGGGGUUUUGCCCAGAAAACUAGGGUUGAGCUUGUUCUUUUAGUCGCAAUGCCAGUGCAUUCUCGAGAAAAGAAAGAAAGCAACCACGAGGAAAUGGAGGUUGAUUAUCCGGAGCAGGAGGGCAGCAGCACAGACGAAGAGGACACUGAAAGCUCAUCCGUUUCAGAAGAUGGAGAAAGUUCUGAAAUGGACGAUGAAGACUGCGAAAGGAGACGAAUGGAGUGUCUCGAUGAAAUGACCAAUCUAGAAAAACAGUUCACGGAUCUCAAAGACCAACUGUAUAAGGAGAGGUUGAGUCAAGUGGAAGCUAAGCUCCAAGAGGUGAUGUCAGGAAAGGCUCCUGAAUACCUAGAGCCUCUUGCAAACCUGCAGGAAAACAUGCAAAUAAGAACCAAGGUAGCAGGAAUCUACCGGGAGCUUUGUUUGGUCUCAGUGAAGAACAAAUAUGAGUGUGAGACACAAGCUGCUUUCCAGCACUGGGAAAGUGAAAAGCUGCUCCUGUUUGAUACAGUACAAAGUGAACUGGAGGAGAAGAUUAGACGCUUGGAAGAGGAUCGCCAUAGUAUUGAUAUUACCUCAGAAUUAUGGAACGAUGAGCUCCAGUCAAGAAAGAACAAAAAGAAAGAUCCCUUCAGUCCAGACAAGAAGAAAAAGCCUGUUGUUGUGUCAGGGCCAUAUAUUGUGUAUAUGCUGCAAGACUUGGAUAUACUGGAGGACUGGACAGCCAUUAGAAAGGCCAUGGCCACCUUAGGACCUCACCGAGUCAAGACGGACGUUCCCACCUCCAAAAGCGAGAAGCAUCAGCACAACGCACGCUCAGAAGAUGGUCGGUUGUUUUACGACGGUGAAUGGUACAGUCGUGGACAAACCAUAUGUAUUGACAAGAAGGAUGAGUAUCCAACAAGUGCCAUAAUUACUACAAUUAACCAUGACGAGGUGUGGUUCAAACGAAACGAUGGCACCAAAUCAAAACUGUACAUCUCUCAACUUCAGAAGGGGAAAUACACCAUAAAACACUCCUAAGGCCACCUUUUUUUCCAACUUUUGUAAAAGUUUGAAAAGUGCUACUACGCGUAAAAUAUCAUACGCUUCCAAAAGACUGUACAUUGGUUUCGAAAGAACAGACCACUUUGACAUUUGACAUCUUUGUGAAAUAUGAGUCAUUUGAAGUCUGUGUGUGCUAGGAUGCGCAAGUUAAAUGACCAUGUUUGCUGCCUGUAUGUUGGAUGCUGU